AUCACCAUCGUCCCGAACCUCCAAACCUGUCCACGAAUGCAGAUCGAGUCGAUUCCCGGCCGGGGAACUACUAGUAGCGCCGCCCGGCAGAUCACCUCACCGUUAAAAGAGGCAUUCACGCCCGGCCUGCAGGUCGGUCGCCGCCCUCGACCUCGAGACAGAGCCUUUGCAAGAACGAGACCGGGCCGAUGGCAACAAUGGCUCGCGAGAGGAGGGCGCCGCUUGCCGCGGCCCUGCUGGCCGUGGCGCUGCUCCUGGGUCUGUGCCGCGGCGACGUGGUGCAGUUCAUCUUCGGCGACUCCCUGUCGGACGUGGGCAACAACAACUACCUGACCAAGAGCCUGGCCCGCGCUGCGACGCCGUGGUACGGCAUCGACUUCGGGCGCGGCAUGCCCAACGGCCGGUUCUGCAACGGCCGCACCGUCGCCGACAUCGUCGGCGACAAGAUGGGCCUGCCGCGCCCGCCGGCGUUCCUCGACCCCUCGCUCGACGCCGACACCAUCUUCAAGAACGGCGUCAACUACGCCUCCGGCGGCGGCGGCAUCCUCAACGAGACGUCGUCCCUCUUUAUCCAGAGGUUCUCGCUGUACAAGCAGAUCGAGCUGUUCCAGGGCACGCAGGCGUUCAUGCGGGAGAAGAUGGGGGCGGCGGCGGCGGACAAGUUCUUCGGCGAGGGCUACUACGUGGUGGCCAUGGGCGCCAACGACUUCAUCAACAACUACCUCCUCCCCGUCUACUCCGACUCGUGGACCUACAGCGGCGACACCUUCGUCAAGUACAUGGUGGACACCCUGGAGGCGCAGCUGCGGCUGCUCCACGCGCUGGGCGCCCGGCGGCUGACCUUCUUCGGGCUCGGCCCCAUGGGCUGCAUCCCGCUGCAGCGCUACCUGACCUCCUCCGGCGGGUGCCAGGAGUCCACGAACAAGCUGGCGCGGGGCUUCAACGCGCGGGCGGCGGCGCUCAUGGCGCGGCUGUCGUCGUCGCUGCCGAACGCGACGUUCCGGUUCGGCGACGCGUACGACUACUUCCAGGACAUCAUCGACCGGCCGUACAUGCACGGGUUCAACAACUCGCGGGCGCCGUGCUGCACGCUGGGGCGGAUCCGCCCCACGCUCACCUGCACGCCGCUCUCCACGCUGUGCAAGGACCGGAGCCAGUACGUGUUCUGGGACGAGUACCACCCCACGGACAGGGCCAACGAGCUCAUCGCGCUCGAGACGCUCAGGAAGCUCAACAUCACCGUCGUCGCCAACGCCACGUCCAGUUAGCCAUCGAGCGGAUGCGGAUGGCCGUGGCAGCAAAGCCAGCGCACGAGCGGUGCCUGGGAUUUUGUGAUGAUUGUGUUGUUGUCUGUAAUUGAAGAAAAGCCAAAGCCACUGCAAGGAAUGGAUUAUAUAAUGUAUGAGUGCGAUCAUCUAUUACGUGUUCAUCCUAAAUUGCAGUUUAUUUUGACUUUUCUAAAUAUAUAUAUUUUGUUAUGCAUCUAGAUAUACACUAUGUCGGCAAACAUAACAAAAGCUAUUGUAUCUAGAACAGUCAAAACGGAUUGUAAUUCAGGACCGAUGGAGUAGUAAA